AUGGCAUAUAAUACAAAGCUUGAAGACGACUAUACGCAGUGGGAAAGAAAUUGCACAGCUAAAUAUUGGCAACUAAAAAGAGCAUUAUCUUCUUUAAGAGAGUCACUUGAUGUUAUUUCUAAACAAAGUUUUGCUUUAGCAGAUUUGUCAAAAAUUUCAGUGUAUGAUGAUGAUUCAGUAUAUAAAAUGAUAACAGAUGAUCCAGUUUUGAAAGUUUCUCGAAGUAUCAAAAAUUCCGAUUCUUUCAUAUAUCUCCAACAGAUCUUGAAAGAGGAAGGAAUUUCUACUAUGAGUUAUGGUAAGGUAGCUUGUCCCGUGAUUACGGAUCCCCAGUUGAAGAAUAUGCUGGCACAAAAGUUUUCCAAACAACAUGCUCAGAACACAGCAGGUCUCUGCCAAGAUAUUAGACUUGAAUUUAUCGGUUCAUUCUUUUUAAAACUCUUUAUUUCAAUAUUACUGCUUAGAAAAUUCCCAAAUUCUACCAAUGAUGUACUGUUGUCUACAGAGCAAAAGAUUUUCACAAGUGAUAAUUUAUUGAGUUGGUACACAUCUGCAGGAUUUGAUAAGUCAGGAAGCCCAUUUCAUUCCAAUGAAGCAAAGAUUGCAUAUUUCAAGAAAUAUAUUGGUGGUCUGGUCUUGGAUAACAUAGCUUGUGGAUACUUGCAUGUCAUUGAUUGGCUAGGUGCUUUGCUGGAGAACGACUUAAAAAUAGUCGAACCAACUAUGUCAUAUGAAUCCUCGUUCGUGAAGCACAAAAGAAAAUUGAUAGACUACGUGAAAAGUAAGUUUCCUGAACAUACUAUUGCUUCCAUCGAGCGUGUAAAUGAUGAUGCUUUUGACAUAGAGGUCAAAGUUGGUGGCAUAACCCUAGCGAGAUGCAAAAAUAAUUCAAGAGAUCUAGCUGAAGAAAACGCUUCUAUGAAAGCUAUACAGGAAAUAGCGUACAGUAAUGAAUACGCUGAAUACAAAAAUAUACUGGAUCGAGUUCUGUUUUCUGAUAUAAAUGCAAUGUUAGAGUCAGCACCAAAAAAACGAAUCUCUGAGGCAGGUAAAAGCGACGCUCAAAAUUCUAGGAAGAAAGCAAAGCAGAUGAAAAAAGUGUCGCAAGCUGCCUCUUCCUUCGAAAGACGUAUUAGCAAAAUUGAUAUACGGCAAAAUUUAAACAAGAGGACCCUUAAUUGUGCUCUUGAUGAGGCUGACUAUGAUAGAGCCAGCGACAGUACCUAUGAUACUGAGAGCAAGAUUCUUAGCGACACUACAAGCAUCAACAAAUCCAACUUAGCUCAUAAAUUUGGAGGAAAUGAAGAUAAAAUCAAUAGUAUUAGCCAUGGUAGUCCUGAUAAGGCCAUCAGUAGCAAUUUGGUUGAAGACAACUAUGUCAAUAUCAAUGGAUCUAAGACAGACUAUGUCCAUGUAAAAAGAUUGAAUGAUAAUUAUGCUAACAAGCCUCACAAUAGUAACAUUUCAAGCGUCAGCUCGCCUGAUAAUAGUGCAGCUAAAUCAGGGAACGUCGGAAACUUGGCAAAAAUAAGCAUUCCUCCCAACACCCUUGCUGAAGGAAAAUACAAUGUGAAAGCUAUCGUUGGUAAUGUUAGUAGCAUAUCUGCAAAAGAAACUAUUAGUGCCCCUUCUGAAAAAGAUGUUAUAAACACUUCUUUGAGAAAAGGCAACUAUUUGAUCGCAGGAAGCCAUUCCGGUCACCUUGCUAGAACGGGAGGGGCCGAGAACAUAACUACAAUAGAAUCUGUAUACAAUACAGUUGCAGGAGUAAAUACGCCCAAUGUGGUUGAAGUACAGACUGAUACUAUUAUUACAGGAAACGACAUAAUCAAACAAACAGCGAAUAUUGGCAGUGCUCCCAGCCUGAAUACCGAAGGUAACGCUGAUAAGCACCCCAAUGCAACCAAACUAGUUUUUGACAAAUCCUCCAAACAAAAGUUACAUAGUUUGUUAGGUAAGUUAAAAGACCAUCCUCGAUAUGAAACUGCGCAUCAUACUAAGACACACUUUAUCUCAAGGUGCUUUACCGUGGGAGGGAACAUGUUGCUAGGAACGGGUGCCGGGAAAAGUAAACAAAUUGCAGAGCAAAAGGCUGCUUCAGAUGCAUUACAUAAGUUGUUGGCGAGAGACCCUCCUCAGCCAAAAAAAAAAAACAAUAUUUAUUUAAAUCGUGCCCCUCAUGAGGUCUAG